AAAAAAAGCAGUUAGCGCCGCGGCUGUUCAAAGAUGGAUCCUUCUGCUAACUGUCAUCAAGUAUUUCCCCGGGCGAAAACGGAUGGUAUUUCGUUGGAUACCCAGUCCAGUUUUUUUUUCCAUCGAUACACAGUUCUCGACAUAAUUGUAAGAGAGGGGAGCUGCAAGACAUGGCUACCUAGCUAUUCUUAGUUUAAGCCUCUGAGAUGGCGACAGAAAAUGCACAAGUUUUCAUAAACGACGAGCUUACAAAAUAUUAUGAAAAGGGUCCAAAGAAAUUUCUUUGAAAAAAGUUCUGAUGGCUUGCACUAGAAUCAAGAAGUCUUAGAGUUUGAUCAAAAAAGCGAAUUGACUGAAAUAGAAUGAAGGGUGCCUUAACUUGUUUAUGCCUUAUUCAAUCAAGAGUUACACCUCGUUAAUUCCUCAAAGACCUCUGGCGUAGUAAGCCUCAAUGGCCGUUCUAUAGUUGUCAAAAGCAUACUCUCUCUGGAAGUUCAGAGCUUCUUUGUUAUGGCUGUUUACAACCCUCCCAAGAUUCAGUGAAAUCCUGCAGUAUGUCAGCAGCUAAGAAAGGAAAUGAAACUUCUCCAUUAAUUCCAAAGAAACCAGUCGCCCAACCUUACUCACCUGGUGGGGAGACUGCUACCAAUUCCUCUGGUCUUAGUAGUGCCUUGAGUCAACGACAAAGGAUCUUGAAUGCAUUCUGUAUUCUUGUAACAGAGUUCUGUGAGCGCCUGACCUUCUAUGGAACAUCUGCCAAUCUAUUAUUAUUUUGCAGCAACGUGUUAAAGCUUGGAUCUCCAUGGCCAUCAACAAUCACUCUUUUGUUCCAAGGAACAUGUUUUCUCACUCCUUUACUUGGUGGGUGGUUAGCUGACUCUUACCUUGGUCAGUUUAACACCAUAUAUGGAAGCUCUUUGUUGUACUUUGUUGGAGUUUUACUUCUGGCUGCAGUAUCAAUUACUAAUGAUACACUGAAGACAGUAUUUGCUAAUUCAGCGAGAGUGGUGUACUUUAUCAUUGCCCUUGUGUUGAUAACAUUUGGUGCAGGAGGAAUCAAAGCCAAUGUGUCACCCUUUGGAGCAGAUCAGGUGAAACAGGAUGGUCCAAGAGCUGUCCAGAGCUUUUUCAACUAUUUUUAUUGGUUCAUUAACAUUGGAGCCCUCCUAGCUUUUACUGUGGUGGUUGGGGUCCAGCAGGCUGACAUUUUCUCUGGUUAUGCCAUUGUAGUGGGUACAAUGUUCCUUGUAAUCAUUGUAUUUAUCACCCGUCGUAAUAAGUACUUGGUCAGGCCACCAGGUGGUAGUCAACUGACUGAAACUGCAAAAAUAAUCCACAAUGCCAUUAAAAACCGUAAUCAGAACACUGGUGGUUGGAUGGAUGGAGCAAAGGUCAGAUUUGGAGGAAAGUUUGAUGAUGCUCAAGUUGAAGAUGUCAAGGCUGUGUUAAGGCUAAUUCCAGUGUUCAUUACUUUCAUUUUUUAUUUUGCAGCUUACUCUCAGAUCAGCACUUCAGUCCUCGUUCAAGGUACAUUCAUGAAGCUAAAGUUUGUAGACUUCUCCAUACCAGCAGCCUCUUUGUCAUUGGUUGACAUAGUUAUUAUUCUGGUGCUUGUCCCCCUCAUGAAUCAUGCAAUUUACCCUUUUGUUAAGCGCACUGGGAUUAAGUUGACAUACUUUCACCGCAUUGGUGUGGGCUACAUGUUAAUGGCAGCAAGUAUGCUUGUAGCUGGGCUGAUUGAAAUAAAACGACGGACGGUAUGGCAACAUGGGGCAAUUUGCACACAGAUAGUUUUGGGUGAAAGUCACAAUGCCUCAUGUUUCAGUAUUUUCUGGCAAACACCACAGUUCUUAUUGAUUGGAUGUAGUGAAGUGUUAGCAACUAUCACUGGUCUGGAGUUUGCAUAUUCACAGGCUCCUGAAUACCUCAAAGGAGUGAUUAUGGCCUUAUUUCUAGCAGCCUCUGGCAUAGGAAGCUAUGUUGCAAACCUUCUAGUUGCUGUUGUCAACAAUAAUUGGUAUCCCGCAAAAGAUCCCAAUCAAGGUCACAUGGAGUACUUCUUCUUCAUGAUAGCUGGUUUGAUGACACUUAAUUUCCUGUUGUUUCUGUACAUUGCAUCCUCGUACAAAUACAGAGAAUCAUCCCCACAAAGUAAAGAUACUGAGGAUGACGGAUCAUGUAUACUAUAAGUGGCCUCGGUCGACAUAUCGGCCUAUACAUCAGCCGAUAUAUCGCUCGACUGACGACCGACUAUAGGUCGGCUAUCGGUCGACAAUCGACCGAUAAAUAUGUAGACCGAUAUAGUCCUAGACCAUCGAUACUCGACCGAUAUAUGACCGAUACUUGACCUAUACAUGAGCGUUACAUGACCGAUACUUGACCGAUACUUCACCGGCAGUUGAUCGCUCCAUAUCGGCCGAUGCAUCGGCCGACAGUGCUGAGUGGUGUGUGUCCAUUUGCAACUGAAUGUGCAAAAACUGUUAUGUUGAUGCGUGGGGCUAAAUACUUCCAGCUGUAAACCAAUCAAAGUGUCAAGGAUUUGCAAUAUAAAGGAAGAAAAUAACUGCAAAAUCAAUCAACUCUUUGGCGUGUUUUCACCAUUCUAGAAUACUAUAACUGAUUUAUAUUGUGUAAUUGAGUUUCUGGACAUUUUUAUUUAUUAAGCUUGCAGUAUGACUCAUCUUAAUUCUCAAAUUUUGAUUUUGUUUGUUAGCCUUAGAAAUGAGAGACUUUAAGUUAUUCUCUCAAUUCAUGUAAUUUGCCACCUAGUUUUUAGUGUUAUUUAUUAAAAGUUUAUUUGGAGAUUUA